AUGGCCGAACCAAAUUAUGAUCGAAAAGCUGAGCUCAAGACAUUCGAUGAAACAAAACUUGGUGUCAAAGGACUUGUUGAUGCGGGAGUCACACAAAUCCCUCGAAUAUUCCAUGUACCUUCACCAGAUUAUCUCAAGUCUGACCAUUCCAAACUAACCCUACCAACCAUCAACCUAGAAGGAAUCAACCAAGACCCAAUUAGGCGAAAACAAGUGAUCGCGGAAGUGAAGGAUGCCAUGGGGAGCUGGGGGUUCUUUCAGAUAGUGAAUCAUGGAAUCCCAUUUAGCAUUUUGGAGGAUAUGAAAAAGGGAGUGUUUGGAUUCUUUGAAGAAGAUAAUGAGGUGAAAAAAAAAUGGUACACACGAGAUAUGAACGAGAAGCAACGGGUUGUUUACAAUAGCAAUUUCGACUUGUUUAGUUCGCCAGUAGCUAAUUGGCGAGAUACCAUCUUUUGUGACAUGGCUCAUAUUACUCCUCAACCAGAUGAGUUGCCGCCUAGUUGCAGAGAUAUAUGGCCAGAGUACUCGUCCCAAGUGAUGAAGGUCGGAGGUUGUCUGUUCGAGUUACUAUCUGAGGCUCUUGGGUUAAAACCUGAUCACCUAUCGAACAUGGGAUGUCUUGAAGGGGUUGCGCUUAUUGCCCAUUACUAUCCAGCGUGUCCACAACCCGAGUUAGCAAUAGGCAUCCCCGACCACGCUGACAACAGUUUCAUAACCAUUCUUUUGCAAGACGAUGUUGGAGGCCUUAAAGUGUUUUAUGAGAACCAAUGGACAGAUGUUCCGCCCAUCAAAGGAGCUCUAGUAAUUAAUGCGGGUGAUCUACUACAGCUAAUUUCAAACGACGAGUUCAUAAGUUCUCAACACAAAGUGUUGGCAAAUAGUGUUGGCCCAAGAGUUUCCGUGGCAUCCUUCUUUUCAACGGGUCGAACUACUACAGCUUCCAAAGUUUUUGAACCAAUCAAAGAGUUGCUUUCCGAAAAUAAUCCUGCCAAAUAUAGAGCCACAACCACAAAGGAAUAUAAUAGCUACUACAUGAGGAAGGGCCUUGAUGGAAGUUCUGCUCUUUCGCAUUUCAAGAUCUAG